AGUAAUCUUGCAGGCACUUAGUGCCUUCAUCGCAGCCUGGCUGUCGGAGAAAAUUGUUAUUCUUUCCCUAGGCCCUUCCCCCUUCAGAAUGCGCGAUACGCAAGCCAAGAUCGCAUGGAUUUCCGCCUGGAAAAUAGUGGUAAAGUUGUUAGUCACCUUUCUUGGCAGGUCAAAGAAAAAACUACCUGUAUCACUUAUAUAUCUCUUGCCUUUAAUCAUAUUUGUCAGGAUGACAACAUACUUGAGAUCGGCGUUGAAUUUGGGUGGUCUUCAAUAUAAAAUUGUACAAUCCCGGAAAUACGAUCAAUGAGAAGGCGACAUCUCGUGCUAAACUUAUUAGAGUAUUUCAGGAAGGGAAUGAAAACGGCGGUCCCCUCUUGCCCACUUCAUGCGUACUGGAGAGAGUAGCAGAUGCGCUGAAGAUUAGUCUGCGCAGUGUUCCACUCAUGGUACGGAGACUCGAUCUGCUUACUUAUUUCAUAUUGAUGACGUUGCCGACAAGAACGGUGACUACAACUAUAGUAUAAGUAUCCGCCGAGAGGCAGUGAGAGCCUAAUUCUAUAGCCCAAAGACCCUGCCGUAAGAGCUCUCUCCAGAAGCCGAGCCGUCCGUAUACCAGAUCUGCCCACUGGUCAGCUUUACGUCAAAAUGCGAAAAAAAGGUCAUCUGUCCUUUUUUCCAACACCUUCAACCACACAAGCGCCGUCUAGCGGGAGCAAUUUUGAACAUCGCUGCGAAACUCUGUUACAGUUAUCUAAUAUAGUGCGUUGAACUCGGAUAUGACCAUCAAAAAAUUAUAUUCAUUCUAGAGCAAGGGGUAUGAGAGCUUAUGGUGUAAGUGAGAGCGGUUACGACAACAAUUGAAACAAUGGUUGGAUUUGAGCCUGGAUAAAAAAGUGCCUCCAUCACUUCUGCUGUUAUCUCGGGCAUUGAUGCUUCCAGAGACCAUACCAACAGAGGAUAAACUCAAAGCUACCAUCUCAGCCCUUCCAGAGACUGUUGUCAAACAUACGCAAGCUGCUAUUGGUGAAAAAGAGGGUAAGAUCGACAACAAGGUGCGCGUAGAGAUCCUCAGAGAGGAAGAAAAGAAGAUCAGGGAAGAGCGCGAAGAGCGUCGCGAAGAAAAGAAGAAACUGGAGAAGGUCAAAGAAAAGGUCAAGGACAAAGAAAUCCUGGUGGACAAAGCACCAAUCCUCUCGACUAGCACGACUCCUAUUUUGGAAGAUACUGCUUUGAAGAUCAGUACAGAGAAAUUGGAGAAGGUUGAAGAGAAGUUGGAAGAACCUUUGCAAUCGAAGGACUUUAAGAUUAUAGAGAAUGCUAUUGAUUCUGUAUCGAAAGAGAAGAAGCUUAUUGUAGAGAAUAAGGAGAUACAAGAGUUGAAGAAAGAGGUGGAAGAUUACAAAGAGGAUAUUGAAGAUUUGGAGAAGACAUUGGCUAGUGAACCUACACCGGAGAUCAAAGAAACUAAGGCAGCUAAGAGACUGUUCAAGAGUGUCAAUAAGAUGAUUAAUAAAUUGGACAAGGUGCUGGUCGAUAUGGAGGAGAAAGAGAAGCAGCUGAAGAAAGAUUUGGAAGUAGAAGCUACUGAUAAGAAAAAGAAGAAUUGUUGAAGAUAGAUGACAUAAUCUCGGCGAUCGUAAAGUUCAAAGGAGUGCCAGACCAGAGCAAGUUAGACCAAAUUGCGACUGUUCUGAAAAAAAUGGACGAUGAUCAUGAUGGUUCGUUGAAAAUUGAUGAUGUGCUGAAGGUAAUAGAAAUUAUCGGCAAAGAAAACGUCAAUCUAAGUGGGAAACAAAUCGAAGAAUUAUUUGAACUCUUAGACAAAGAAGAAAUUCUUGAAGUGGAGGAUAAAAUCGAGAAAGCCCUUCAAAAAGGCAGGGAACAGAGCUCAGGUCAGGAUAAACUACCCCCUCCCAAAGACGGUAAAAGCAAAUCAGACGAAAAAACGGCAACAGCGAAAAAAGAGGAUGUAACGUCACCUCCCCCACCGCCCGGAAAGCCCAAGAUGGAUAAACAACCAGUCAUCACACCACCUCCAAGUAUUGACAAAACAAAGUCAGAGAACUCCAAGCAGCUUUAGUCUGUCUCGUUUAAAAACAGAGUCCUUAUUUAUUUUGUUAGUUACAGUCCAACUUUAGCUUUAGAUGUGUGGAGGUGUCAGCUAUCAUAUGUCAACUGUCAACUGUGCUUGUGAGGUUAUGUCAUGCAGUUGGAGUAUUACGUUUACGGAAUAGUUUUGACUUGGACUGUCUGAAAAAAUGUCCGUUCGCUAAAGUUUGACGGUGACCAGUGUAAAAAUGUGAGUGGAAUAAAUUAUUUUUCUUUAAAAAGGCUGUAAAUAUUUUUCCUUUUAAGCUGUGAAUGAAUUUGUCCAGAUUUAUUUUGUAUUAUUUUUGUACAGUCAAGGAUAGAGAUAAAAUGCGAAGCAGUGUCCCUAAUUUUUUUUGAUUUCCAUAGUGAUGAAAUUUUGAAGUGCUUUUAUUGUUUUUUUGUAAAGGUUCACAAUUGAGAAUUGUUAUAUGUACAAACGUACAGUUAUACAGUUAAAAGGUGUUUUUUGAUAAAUAAAAUGUGUUGAACACAA